AAAGGUUGACAAACCCCAACCACUCACCACAAUCUUUCAAUAACAACAGUACACAUACAUCACGCUUUCUCUUUUCUUCAUUUCUGCAACGCUCAUCGUCAUGAUCCAAUUGUUAACCAACUAACACCACCAUGUCUCCAUCGUUUGUGAGUUUCGCUGGCUUAUACAGCGGAUAUCUCCGUCGUUGUUUCACCGGAGCAGGUCUCAUCGCUCAAAAAAUCGACAUAGACAACGAAACAACUCUCCAUGUUUGGAGACCAACAAAUCAAGCCACACUAAAACCAUCGCUCGUUCUGAUUCACGGAUUCGGUCCUAUGGCUAUAUGGCAAUGGCGUCAACAAGUUCAGUUUCUAGCUCCACAUUUCAAUCUCUAUGUUCCCGAUCUAAUCUUCUUCGGUGAAUCAACAACGAGAUCGAAGGAAAGAAGCGAGCAAUUCCAAGCAGAGUCGGUUGGAAAACUGUUGGAGAAGUUAGGUGUGAAAAAGUGCCACGUGGCAGGCACGAGUUAUGGCGGUAUUGUUGCUUAUAAUAUGGCGAAAAUGUUAGGGAAUGAGAAAAUUGAUAAAGUAGUUAUUGCUAGUUCUGGUGUAAAUAUGACAAAGAAUCAUAACGUGAGGUUGAUGGAAAGGGCUGGAAUGGAUAAAAUUGAGGACCUUAUGUUGCCUUCAUCUACCCAAAAUAUGAGGAAAAUGAUGAAACUUGCAGUGGCAAAAAGAACGUCUUUCAUUCCUGAUUUUCUAUUGAAAGACUUGUUAAAUAAAUUAUACAUGGAAAAUAGGAAGGAAAAGAUGGAGCUUUUAGGUGGCUUGUCCCUCGGAAAGAUUGACACUUCAAACAUUUCACCUCUUCAACAAGAAGUUCUCAUAAUUUGGGGGGAAGAUGACAAAAUAUUUCCUGUGCAGAUGGCCCAUGAACUGAAACAGGUAAUCAGUAAGAAGGCAAGUAUAAAAUUGAUAAAGGAGGCAUCUCAUCUGCCUCAAAUUGAAAAGCCAAAGAAAUUCAACAAUAUUAUCCUAAAGUUCUUACGCUCUGGCUCAUGAAUCCUUUUUAUGAUUAUGUUUCAUAUAAUUACUAUUUAUUUUUUUUGAAACUAUUAUAAUGAUUAUUGAAUAGUAAAUUUAGUAAUAAUUAGCCUUUAUAGAAGUUAAUAUACUAGUUAUACAAUAUUACUAUUUUAAAUUGUUUUGUUGCCACAAAGGACAAAGCCACAACUAUCCAAAUAUAAAUUAUAUUCUAA